AUGGUUUCGUCGUCGUUUCUGCUCUUCCUCGCCUCGACUGCCUCGGCGGCUGUACUCGAGAGCCUGAAUGCUGUACCUACCGGUUGGGAGUACAGUGGUGCGGCGUCCAAGGAUGAGCCGAUUCGUCUGCAGAUUGCGCUGAGGCAGGGCGAUGUUGAUGCGUUUGAGCAGGCGGUCAUCGACAUGAGCACUCCAGAACAUCCCUCGUAUGGCAAGCAUUUCCAAGACCAUGAGGAGAUGAAGCGCAUGCUGCUUCCCUCGGAGGCGACCAUGUCAGCAGUCCAAAAAUGGUUGCAGGAUGGCGGUGUGGGCAGCGUCAACGUAGACUCCGACUGGGUCAACAUCCGCACCACGGUCGGCGUUGCGAACGAGCUGCUCUCUACCAAGUUUGCCUGGUAUACCAGCGAGCCCUUUGGCAGACGCCUCCGAACUCUGGAAUAUUCUGUGCCCGACCAUGUUGCUGACCAUGUCAACACUAUCCAGCCGACAGUUCGUUUCGGUCAGGGUAUUCCAGAGCACGCGACUCACCAUGCCAUGGACGAGUCCAACAUCAUGGGCAUCGCCGAAGCCACUGCCAACGCUACUGACUGCAAUCAAUACAUCACCCCACAAUGCCUGCAAAGUCUGUACAAGAUCAACUACAAGCCUGACGUCAAGAGUGGUAGUAAGGUCGCUUUCAACAGCUACCUAGAGGAGUCUGCGCGCUACUCUGAUCUCGAGCUGUUCAUUGACAACAUCGCUCCCUACGCCAAGGGCGAGAACUACACCGUCAUUACCUUCGAGGGAGGUGUGAACGACCAGACGUCAUCAGCCGACAGCGGUGAAGCCAACCUCGACGGCCAAUACAUUGUCGGCAUCGCCGCUCCUCUACCCGUUACCGAGUACAUCACCGCAGGCAGGGGCCCUCUCAUUCCUGAUCUCACGCAGCCUGACCCAGCCAACAACGGAAACGAGCCAUACCUCGCUUUCCUCCAGGAUGUACUGAAGCUCCCAAAGAGUCAACUUCCCCAGGUCAUCUCAACAUCCUACGGCGAGGGCGAGCAGAGCGUUCCCGAGGCUUAUGCUAAAUCUGUCUGCAACCUCUACGCCCAGCUCGGCUCCCGAGGCGUCUCUGUGCUCUUCAGCUCCGGUGACAGCGGCGUCGGCAGCGCAUGCCAAACCAACGACGGCAAGAACACUACCAGAUUUGAGCCUCAGUUCCCUGCUACGUGCCCCUUUGUUACUUCUGUUGGCGGAACCCAAUACGUCGACGAAGAAGCGACCUACUUCUCCUCCGGCGGCUUCUCCAACUACUGGUCUCGUCCCCUCUGGCAAACCGUCGCUGUCGAAAGCUACCUUGCCAAGCUCGGAAACAAAUUCAAGCCCUACUUCAACCGCAACGGCCGCGGCUUUCCCGAUGUCGCUGCGCAGAGUGUGGGUUACGCUGUGUACGACAAGGGACGGUUGGGCCACUUCGAGGGCACUUCGGCCUCUACACCCGCCUUUGCUGCUAUCGUGGCGCUGCUGAACGAUGCGCGUCUCAAGGCUAAGCUUCCGCCUCUGGGUUUCCUGAACCCUUGGAUUUAUACUGUUGGUCCGGCAGUGCUGAAUGAUAUACAGAAGGGAGGUAGCACGGGGUGCGAUGGGCUGGCAAGAUUCCAUGGCCAGCCGAACGGGAGCCCGGUUAUCCCGUAUGCCAGCUGGAACGCGACCAAGGGUUGGGAUCCUGUCACUGGCUGGGGAACGCCUAACUUUCCUAAGAUGCUCAAGGCUGCUGUGCCUUUUAGAUACAGAGCUUGA